ACCUCUCAUUUGGGUCCUUGAUUGAUGACACCACGCAUCUGUAAGACCAUCCUUGCUAAUAUCCAGAAGAGGCAACCAAUGUCGUGUUUCCCUUUGUUAUUUGCAGGGAUACCAAUGUCUACAUAUCGCAUAGGCGAAUCCGUGUCACAGAAGGCAAUUGUAGGAAUGUUUCCAAGCGCAGCUUUUCAAGGUGCUAGGCUGGAUUUAGACCAAUAAUUAUAUUGGGCUCUAAUCAUGCUUUCACUUUUGUAAUUAUGCCAGAGAUCUUAAAGCAGGUCUGGGACUUGUCUGAUCAAGAUAAUGACAGUAUGCUUUCUUUGAGGGAAUUUUGUAUUGCCCUCUAUCUUAUGGAGGCAUAUAGGGAAGGCCGCCCUCUUCCACCAGUGCUCCCAAAUAACAUUAUUCUUGAAAAUACACAGUUUCCGGCUACAGGUCAAUCUGCUGCUGGAUAUGGAAAUGCAUCUUUGCGACAAAAUCCUGGUAUGCAACAAAUCCAAGAGAUGCCUGGUCCACGUCCAGUUGCCCCUGUAGUUGGAGGUAGGCCGCCUAGACCAGUUCCUGUUCCAGUCCCGCAGCCUGAUGAAGAGAAUGUGCAGCGCAGUCGGCACUCGGCAAAAGCAAAAACUUCCCAAACUUGA